GCGGCCAAGAGGCUCCGACAACGGCAAGGGGGGCCAGGGGGGCAGGACCAAGGUGCCCAGGGUCCGGCAAGGCGCGCCCGCCAAGGGUACCGACAACAAGCGCCUCGGCAGCGAAGAGAUGGACGCGCUGGAGGCCAUGGAACCCGCAGAGAUUGGCAGAUUGUUCCCAGUGCUGAUGAAGUUGGUCCUGAACCUGGCGCUCCGGACGCGGCAGGUGGAGGCAAUCACUAUUAUCACCCUGCUGGCCCCGAUCGGGUUGAAGCCUGUGACCAUGGCGCGGCAGCGUGUUCGAGGUUGGCUGGAGCGUGUCCAACAGGCGAGGGCCGAGAACAAGAGCGAGGGCGAUCUCGCUCAGUUCGGCACGAUAUCGCGCGCGAACCUGCAGGAGCUCAAGGGCCACAUGGACCAGAUGAGCAUAGACGCAGCCGGAAAAACCUUCGCCCUGGUCAAGGUGUCCAACGCGCACAAGGAAACGGAUGCCAAAAUUCAGAUGUGCGUGAGCAAGGAAACCCAUAUCAUCAGCAGCUGCUUGGAGCAGCUCGGCGCCCAGCGGAAGGAUGGA